AUGGCUUGGCCUGCUCGCAAGCUCCGCGGGGGGAAGCGCACAGCUCACCUGCUGUUCUACAUCUCCAUCAAGAAGGCCACGGCCAGCCAGAAGCCUGACACUAGUGGAAAGGUUUCAAAGAAACGCUCAAAAAUAUGGAAAACCACAGCCAGGGAGAAGAGAAAGAAGCAUGAAGAGAUGGCCAAGCACCCAAAGGAGAGAACAUCGGGUCCUCCAAGAGGAGUGAGAAGGCGGCAGCAGAAGAAAAGAGUUAGCUUCGGGAGAGCAAAGCAGCCACUACCUGCUUUCUUUCUCUUCAUGGCACAGCAUCGCCCACAGCUUCAGAAAUCAAAUCCACAGUGGACAGCAGUAGAAACUGCCAAGACAUUAGGGAAAUUAUGGCACAAACAGCCAGAAAAAGACAAAGAAAUGUACAAAGAGAAGGCUGCACAGCUGAGGAGGAGAAAACAAAAGAGACCAGCAUAG